AUGUCGUUUAAGAAACCGACGAGCAGCUUCGCGUGGCGGCUGAACAUCUCCGCCGGACCUCCGAGCCCUCCGCCGAACCUCCGCCGGACCUCCGAGCCCUCCGCCGAACCUCCGAGCCCUCCGCCGAACCCUCCGCCGAGCCCUCCGCCGGACCUCCGAGCCCUCCGCCGAACCCUCCGCCGAGCCCUCCGCCGAACCUCCGCCGAACCUCCGAGCCCUCCGCCGAACCCUCCGCCGAGCCCUCCGCCGGACCUCCGAGCCCUCCGCCGAACCUCCGAGCCCUCCGCCGAACCCUCCGCCGAGCCCUCCGCCGGACCUCCGAGCCCUCCGCCGAACCCUCCGCCGAGCCCUCCGCCGAACCUCCGCCGGACCUCCGAGCCCUCCGCCGAACCUCCGAGCCCUCCGCCGAACCCUCCGCCGAGCCCUCCGCCGGACCUCCGAGCCCUCCGCCGAACCUCCGCCGGACCUCCGAGCCCUCCGCCGAACCCUCCGCCGAGCCCUCCGCCGAACCUCCGCCGGACCUCCGAGCCCUCCGCCGGACCUCCGCCUCUUUCGAAGCGCCGGACAGCCGCCGGCCGCUGGCUAAGGCACGUUAGCAUGUGUGAGAGCAGGGCGGUUCCGAGCGGAAAGGUGUACCGGCAGCUGUUCGACGCUCAGGUUCAGCUGUCCAGAUCUUUGCUGGCUGGACGGAGAGACACGAGGACAAACUGUCUUUCUGCAGAAGACAGCAACACGCUCUGCAGUACAACCAGCAGGAGAUUCUGUCCUCCCUCCAUCAGGAGACAGCGGUCUGAUGAGGAUGAGGAUGUUGAUGAUGUCAGCAGACUUCCUGACUCUGUGGUGGUCGAUCAUCCGAGCUCCGAUGUGGUUGAACGACUGACAGAGACAAAACGCAAAAGACAUGAAGAUGCUCUGAAUCAGCUGGAGGCAGAACUCACAGAGCUCACACAGGUGUGUGAGACUCAGGUGAGGGCUGUCAGUGUGGAGCUGCUGUCCUCUCUGCGGGAGGUGGAGCUCAGACUGAACACCCUGAAGGACAGAAUGGAACACCUGGAACACCUGGAAGACGUGAGUCUGCAGGAAGUGUGUGUUCUCUGGGAGGAGGUGGAGGAGCAGGUGAAGAUGAAGAAGAUCACAGCGAUGGAGCUGAACCACAAACUGACCAAAUGCGAGACUGAACGAACCAACAAGAUCAGAGUUGUGCUGAGGAAAUACUGCCAUCUGCUGGAGAAGAUCAGCUUCCUGCUUCCACCUGAUGUCCACACGCUGAUCCACAACGAGGCCACGGUGUUGAAUCAGUCUCUUCUGGCAAAUCGUCGCUGCCUGGCUCGCCUAAUCCUGCUCCUCCAGGAGGAGAACCUGCAGAAGGAGUCGCUCCUCCGUCUGAACUGGGAGGACUGUCUAAGACGCUGGAGGAGGAUCAGGGUCAGCGAGGUUAUCGACCACUGCAGGAAUCUGUGCAGCAGUGAGCAGGAUCAGCGGCUGGUCUCAGUUCAGCAGGCGGUUCAGGACCUGAAACAGACUCAAGGAUAUCUGACAGAACAACGUGGAGACAUCAUCAGCAAGAUCUGCUCUCUGGUCCCGCCCUCCUGCUCCACUGCUCUGGUCUCUGAUUGGUUCAAGCAGCUGACAGAAGUCAAUCAGCAAAUCAACAGUCUUCACGCCGACUUCCUCCAUCAGCUGCGCUGUUCUUAUGAACAGACGUGGCAGGAUCGACUGGCUGAGGUGCAGCGAUCGAAGGAGGCGCUCUCAGCUCUGCAGCUGUCAGAGGAGGAGGUGAACAACGUCGUCAGCUCUCAGCUCCUCACGCUGGUUGGACGAAGCCAGACUCGGGAUGAAGGGCGACUGGCGGCUUUAGACCUGUGUUGUGAGUCUGUGGACCGUCAUGCCUUCAGUCUCAGCAGGUGUGUGUUUGUUCUGAUGAGAGAAGCAGCGUUGCUAUGGGAGACACACAAACGGAGGUUAGAGAGGAGAGAAGAAGAACUACAGCAACACUUGGACAACCUCAGAGGCUCACAGCAGCAAAAUAUACAGAGGAAGAAGAUGCAUCUGGACGACCUGCUGGCUGGACUCCGUCAGGAGAGCAAUGAGGACACUCUGAAGACAUCUCUGGACAAAACUGUCGACUACUUGCAGGACCUCAAACGCGGGUACCGCAGGACUCAGGAUGCUAAUGCUCAUGUAGAGUCACCACAAGGACCAGAAUGUGUUCUCUGUAACGACGAAGGAUGUUUGUGACCGGUUUGAUGUUUGUUGCU